CAUCUGGCCACAUCCCCAGGAUCAUUCAACAGCUCCGCCUCCUCGCCAGUGAUUGGCCGCCGGAACUGUAGCUCAGGAGAGGCACACAGGCAGCCAAUCACCGGCGAGGAGGUGGAGCUUGGAGAGGAGGAGCCGAGCAGCAGCAGCGAAGAGCAAAGAAGAUCGAGCGAGGGAGUGGCCGGAGAAGGAAGACAGCUGACAGCCAGGUAUGCUGGCUGUAGAUGGGAGAGGGAGGGAGCGAGCCCAGGAUGGAGCAGGAGUCAGCAAGGUAAGUAUCAUUGGUGUCAGUGGGAGGAAUAGUGCCCCAUCAUUGGUGUCAUUAUUACCAAUGAUGGGGCACUAUUCCUCCCACUGACACCAAUGAUGGGGCACUAUUUCCUCCCCCCCCCACUGACACCAACGAUGGGGAACUAUUCCUCC